AUGCCGGAGACAAACAUGGCAAUCACCUCUCUUCUUGUUGUUCUUAAAUUCUUGAUGAUCUUGUUUUCUGCUGGUUGGGUUUUACUCUGGCUUCUUAAGCCCACCGAAGUAUGGACAAGAAAAUGGAAAGAAGCUGAAGAAAGUGCAACUGCUACAGUGUUCGGAUAUAAUGGACUUAAUUUUGCUGUAUAUACAUUUCCAGUUAUUGCUCUUGCAAUGGCAGGAAUUAUCUACUUGGAAUUAACACGAAAGGAACCAAGAAGCAGACAAACGAGAAGUCCAGCAAAAGCUCUCUCAAAUCCACUGAUAGUCAAUAGCUAUUUGGGCGUCAUCUCUGCAAUUGAGAUUCUCACUGUGUUACUCUUUAUCCUCUCCUUGGCAUGGACCUUUUACUCUCGUGUCUCAAAUGACUUCAACAAAAUGGUUCCCAUGAAAAACUUGAAACUGAAUACCUGGCAAUACAAGUCCUAUAGGGUUUCAAUAAGCGGAAGCCUGCCUAGCACUGCUUCUUCUGCCUAUUCUGAGGGCUUGGCCAUAUUCCAAUUAUUGGGCGUCCAGUUUGAGGCCUCUGUAAGAUACCAUGUCUGGCUUGGGACUACAAUGAUACUUUUUGCCUUCUUGCAUGGUGCAGGCAACAUUUUCAUGUGGGGUAAAACAGGCCGAAUAUACCUGGCUGGUGAGAUUACUCUUGUCACGGGGCUGGUCAUUUGGAUCACAUCACUGCCACAAAUAAGAAGGAAAAAGUUUGAAGUCUUCUACUACACACAUCAUCUGUACAUAGUAUUUUUAUUAUUCUUCUUGUUUCAUGGUGGUGAUAGGCACUUCUAUACGGUUUUCGCCGGGAUUUUUCUCUUCAGCCUUGAUAAGCUGUUCCGGAUCAUUCAGUCAAGGCCUGAAACAUGCAUAGUUGCUGCUCGAAUCUUCCCCUGCAAAGCUAUAGAGCUAAUUCUGCCCAAAGACCCAAGAUUGGUGUAUACCCCAACAAGCACAAUUUUCAUCAAAAUACCUAGCAUAUCUACCUUACAGUGGCACUCCUUCAGUAUAUCUUCCAGCUCAAAUAUUGAUGAACACACCAUGUCUGUUAUAAUCAGAUGCGACGGAUGGUGGACGAGCUCUCUUUACAGCCUAGUUCAAGCUGGUCCAGGGUCUCACGAUAAGCAGAUGAAGUGUCUCCCAGUUGCAGUUGAAGGGCCUUAUGGACCUGCUUCCCUGGACUUCCUGAGAUAUGAUAGUCUACUCUUGAUUGCUGGAGGAAUAGGGAUAACCCCAUUGCUGAGCAUUUUGCAUGAAAUUGACUCUAUCAGGAAUGGUAGCAUAGGGAGGUUUCCUGCACAAGUACAGCUCAUUUAUGUUGUGAAGAAGUCCCAAGACAUAUGCCUUUUAGAUUCAGUUCUGCCUUUACUGCUGAAACAGGCAUCAGAACAAUUCCAUCCUAAAGUCAAAGUUUUUGUAACCCAAGAGCAAUCUAGUGCAACCAAAGGAGAGAUCCUUGACGAGUUCUCUCGGAUCGAAACAACUAAUUUCGACAGACAAUAUUCCAAUUACGCCCCUCAAAAAAUUGGGAAUUCUCUCUUCGUGGCUGCCAUUGUUGGCUUUUCUUCAAUCAUGUUCAUCAUCCUUCUCAGUUUGCUUCAACCGUGCUUCUCUUCACACGGGCAAGAAGAAGGCCUCUAA